CCGACACCGAACAGUGUCCGAAGAAUGGGACAGCGUGGGAUUUGGACCGAGGCCUGAGGGAGGGUUUCAUGUAUCUUUUCUAAAUGCUUUGCCAAAGGAAGAAGAAGCCUUUAAGUCUAAGCUGCUGCUCUACUCACCUUGUCACCCCUAUUGAGAGGGAGUGGCCAGUUUGCCUUUCAUAACCAGAGCUGGAAUAAAUAGUCCCUUUGGACUGAACUGCGAAGAUACAAUUUACGGAUGCAGGGGAACCAAACUGCUGCCAUGAUGAUGUAUCUUUCAGGGUUUGUUGGCUUUCUGCUGGUGCUGACAGCUGAGGCCAGAGUUGGAAACUCUUCUGAGUUAGCGUUCUGUACUGAAACAGAACAAUGUCUGGUGUUCGACCCGGUUUGUAAGACUCCACAGUAUGAGGUCCGUCACUAUGGAUCUGCAAAAUGGGUCACAACUGAGGAGACGCACUACAUCAUGGAGUUUGCCUCAAUGAAAGCUUUCAGACGACUGUUUAAAUACAUCACUGGUGACAAUGCGGAUGGAAAGAAAGUUGAAAUGACAUCUCCUGUUCUUAUGAAAAUGCCGGAUGACAAGAGAUUUUGGCAAACGGGUGUCUACAAAAUGGGUUUCUUGCUGCCAGCUGAACAUCAGAAGAAUCCCCCCAAUCCCACUGAUGAGGCGGUGAGCAUCGUUACCUUGCCAGCUAUGAAGGUGUAUGUAAAGACCUAUGGAGGAUGGAUGACUUCAUUUUCUGACAAAAACAACGCCAACAGUCUGUCCUCGGCUCUGGACUUAGUCGGUGCAAAGUACAAAAAGGACUUCCAUUACGCUGCUGGAUACAACAGUCCGAUGACAUGGUUUAACAGGCACAAUGAGGUGUGGUACGUCGUUGAGGACGAGCCGGAGUGUUCCACCAGCAGUGAGGAGGAUAUGGACAUGUCUCCCUUCGCUUAAACGCUGUGAGCCCCGAACAACGACAGCUUACAGCAGACGGCGUAUGUGGAAGGAUGCUGUGGCUGCACACUGCUUCAAGACAUUAUGUGCCAUAAUAAUCUGCCAGUGAGAGCACAUAUUUUGGAAAUGUAAUGAAUGUUCUAGACAAGGCACUGCUGGUGACAAUGAUUUUACACUAGCUUCUUUUUCUGUUGUUUUCAAUAAAGUUACCCUUUUGCAUUA